GUGACGUUUGUUUUUGAGAGACAAAAACAGUCAGCAAACAAACACACGGUUCACUGUUAUGGUAUUUUUGGAAGCACCUACAUCAAGACUGGCGGACUAACUGAAGUCGACUCCACGGCAGCGGAUACGUGUGCUGGUCGAAAAGGUCAAAGGAACGCAAAGGAGUCGGAUGGACGUAGCAAUUGUGGGGGAACAAAACAAACCCUGUCACCCUACGUGACCACUCUUUAUGGCUGAUUCACCCUCACGCUAACCAAACACUGAAACUCUCACACGCAUUUAAACCCUCGCUAUUUACCCACCCAAUAUCUGCGUGGUUCCGUUGAAGGUUUACGUCACAAGCUAACCAGCAAUCAUGCUAAUUUAGCUUUAGCCCCAGUCACACUGAGUAGCUAGCUUGCACGAUGUAACCAAGGUUGAAUAGUCUGCGUUCGCUUCGGAAGGUGAUUUUUUUUUUUUUACCCCCGAGUGGUUCCUGAGCAAUAAGUGACUGUAGAAUGUGAAGCACCAUGGCCAACUUGGAAGCUUACAGGGAGUACCAGAGGAUCGAGGACCUGGAGGAGGACUCACCGCCCGGAGAGGAGGACCUGCUGCUACACGUGCCCGAAGGCCUGAAAGAUUCUUGGCACCACAUCAAAAACUUGGAUAACUUCUUCACGAGGAUCUACCAUUUCCAUCAAAAGAAUGGAUUUGCCUGCAUGAUGCUGUCAGAGUUCUUUGAGCUUGUUCAGUUUUUGUUCGUCGUCACUUUCACGACGUUCCUGGUUAACUGCGUGGAGUACGACGUCCUGUUUGCCAAUCGAGCUGUCAAUCACACGGGGUCAGGACACAACCCCUUGGACAGGAGCAAAGUAACCAUCUCCGAUGCCCUCUUGCCCAGCCAGCAGUGCACUGAGAGGAUCCAAGACAACAGCUGGAUCAUAUUCCUGCUCAUCAUGGCGGCCGUCUUCUGGAUUUAUCGCCUCAUCAAGGUCUUUUGCAAUGUCCUGAGCUACUGGGAGAUCCGCCAGUUCUACAUCAAAGCGCUGAAGAUCCGAAUGGAUGAACUAUGCAACUUCACAUGGCAGGAAGUCCAGGACCGCCUCAUCAGCCUGCAGCGAGAGCAGCAAAUGUGCAUCCACAAGAAAGAGCUGACAGAACUCGACAUCUAUCACCGCAUCCUGCGCUUCAAGAACUACAUGGUGGCCAUGAUCAACAAAUCCCUGCUGCCUGUGCAGCUGCAGCUCCCCCUGCUGGGAAAUGUGGUCUUUCUCACGCAGGGCUUAAAGUACAACUUUGAACUCAUCCUUUUCUGGGGGCCCGGCUCGCUGUUCCAGAACAAGUGGAACCUGCACUCCAAGUACAAGCGCAGUAGUAACCGCCUGGAACUAGCGCAGCAGCUUAGUAGAGUCAUACUGCUAAUGGGCGUGGCCAACCUGCUGCUUUGUCCCUUCAUUUUGGUGUGGCAGAUCCUCUACGCCUUCUUCAGCUACACUGAAAUAAUUCGCCGCGAGCCCGGGAGUCUGGGUGCACGCCGCUGGUCCCUCUACGGUCGAUUGUAUUUGCGUCACUUCAACGAGCUCAACCACGAGCUGCACGGACGCUUAGGCCGAGGCUACAAGCCCACGUCCAAAUACAUGAACUCCUUCACAUCGCCGCUGUUCACCGUGCUUGCUAAAAACAUUGCCUUCUUCUCUGGCUCGGUGUUGGCGGUGCUCAUCGCACUGACCGUCUACGAUGAAGACGUUCUGACAGUGCAGCACAUUCUGACUGUCAUCACUGUGCUAGGAGUGGUCAUCACUAUCACCAGGUCCUUUAUCCCAGACGAGCAUAUGGUGUGGUGUCCAGAGCAGCUGCUGCAGUGCAUGCUGGCCCACAUCCACUACAUGCCAGACCACUGGAGGGGCACUGCUAACAAGAGCGAAACCCGCGAUGAGGUGGCGCAGCUGUUCCAGUACAAAGCGGUGUUCAUUCUGGAAGAGUUGCUGAGUCCCAUCGUCACACCCUUCAUUCUCAUCUUCCUGCUGAGGAACAAGUCUCUGGAGAUAAUCGACUUCUUCCGAAACUUCACGGUGGAGGUGGUCGGAGUGGGAGACAUCUGCUCCUUUGCACAGAUGGACAUCAGACGCCACGGAAACCCAACUUGGAUGUCCGAGGGCCAGACGGAGGCGUCUGUGUACCAACAAGCUGAGAACGGCAAGACAGAGUUGUCCCUCAUGCACUUCACCAUUAAGAAUCCGCACUGGCAGCCACCGCUGGAGAGCUCUGUGUUCAUCAGCCACCUGAAGGAGAAGGUGCAUCACGACGCAGAAGGUGGUCCGUCUACGCAGCUUCUCCUCUCUGAGGCUCCUCUCUGCACAUCGCUGCAGUCCAACGAGUCAGGAACAGGGCCUGAUAAUUUGUUAGCAAGCGUCCUGGCGCACCCCGUACUAACGGCGUCGGGACUACAAGGCAGAGAUCGGUGCUUUAUCCCGCCAAGCACUGCAGCGUCGGCCGCCGCCAGCGUCCUGGCCUCUUUGUCCACCUCCCAGUUUCCACACGGCAGCCAUCGUGGCCGCCCACUGCGCCAUCAAACCUCUUCUGCCCAUCCAGAGAGCACCAUGUACUGCAGCGAUCGCACUGUCUUUGACAGUAUGUCGAUCAGUGACAGCCACUUACGGAGCAAUACCCUUCACUCAGAGUUUGCCUCAGCAGAGAUGAGCCUUCACGCCAUUUACAUGCAUGAGCUGCACCAGCAGACUUCUCAUCCGCAGAGAAGUUCCGGGCAUUGGCAACACAACCCGAUGCCGAUGACGGAGCUCCACAGCAACACUGUUUUCCCAGCCCAUGUUUAUUCCACUUCGUCUUCAGCCACCCCUGUGCAACUUGGUGGUUGGCAAGAAGAAGAAGAGGAGGACGUAGGUGAACAGGAGAUUAACAGCGGAUCCACUCCAAAACAGGCCACUGGGACACCUCACUGAAGUGCCUUAUGACAUAAGUGUUUACAUUUGACUUUUCUCCUGUGAACACGGUGGCCUUAGAAGAUCUUCAUGGAGAGUUCUAGCACGGACCUUUUAAGGGCCUCUCUGGAACACGAAGUACCCACUAUUCUCUUCUUCUUCGCACAUCAGGGAAGCAUAUAUUUUCUUUUUUUUUCUAUUUCCUUUUUUUUUUUUACAUCACACAUGGUGACUUUUGUCAUUGUGUUUAAUAAGACCACUGAUGGAAACGCCAAAGGCUCCUGCUGACCUCUGCUGGUAGCUCUGUGCGCUACCAUGCACUGCACAGCACAGCGACCGUCUACUAUGUCACAGAGUCUAUCCACUGCUUUACUGCUUUUUGAACAAUGGUCGUUAUCAGUCUAGACACUUGAAAAGUCCACAUUGUUGCAUCUAAAUCUGACAAACAGGUCUCCUGAGCUUGACUAUAGAAGGCAUCACCGAGCACAUUAAGGUGUUUCCGUGGAUUAUUUUGAUGCUGCUGCCUGUGUUUACGCCACAGAUUUGUUUCAGUAUUAUUGUCUCUCAAGCUUUUUGUAUCAUGAUUCUUUUUGAAAUAUGUCAGGACUGAAAUAGACCUGGUACACAUUUUAUGACAGGAAAAUACAAAUUGAUGAUGACCGAAUCAUCUGAAAACUGAAACAAUUUUUUUCCCAUACGAUAUCAUGUAAAUCCAAUGUAUCCAUUCCAGGCACACCGAUAUAUACAUAACACACAUUUUAUAGAGAAUAAUUACAGUAAAAAAAAAAAAUUCACAUUCAAAUUGUGAUUCUCAUUUAUGUUGAUUCUAAAUCGAUUCAUAAUUUCAAAAAUACAUUUUUUAGGCCGUCUUCACACUCACUCUGUGUGUAAAUGUUAGACAACAGCAGGCAAGAGGAGCUUUCGUAACCUGCUUUAAAAAGGUUUUAUCAUAAUUGUUAUACCAAAUAAUAUAUUGAGAGAAUUGAUUUGUUUCCAGAAUAAUUUCUGAAUUUAAUCAUCACUCCAAGACUAAGAAUCAAAUUGGGAGUUGUUGUAAGAUUCACAUCUAUAGGGAAAUACAUAUCAAUAACGAAAGUUUGGAAGGACGGGCGAUAUGUGGAGAGAGGAGCCACACAGAGGCCACCUUGUAAGUUCCCCAUGUGGAUUAUUUUUCAGUUAUAUGCAAUGAAAAAAACCAACAUACUACCCUCAAGCCUAUUCGCCUAGCACCCAGUUACGCACUUGAACGCCUCAUUACAUAUCACAAAGCACAGUGCUUGAUGGAUACUACUCUGUCACGAUAAAACGUAGAGAGACACAAAGUUGCCCGUCGUUCUGUGGGCGUUCUGUUAGAACAAGUAAACCACUCACCCACUAAAAGUUGAUUAAUGGAUGACUUAGUCUGACAAAUCAUCACAAAAUACGCCCCCUCCCUCCCCAAAAGAACCAAUAGUCAUUCUUCACAGAGACUUUGUUUGGACACACGGAUUCCACGGAAUAGUUUGUUACAUGUAAAAAGUAUAAACCGAAUCAUAGGAAAAGUGGGACGUAUGAAAACCGAGGCACCACUACUUGCAACUUUUACAUAACAAGCGUUCACUUCCUGUUAAAUCUGUAGAUCUUCAGUCAAGCACUGAUCCAAGAACUGAUCAGUAGGAAAAUAUUUUUCAAACAUGCUUGGUUUGUUUAUAAGUAGGAAUGCAUUUCUGGUCCGAUAUAUGGAAACUUCUCAUUGGAAGUGUGGAAAUUGGAUCACUUUUCAACAUUAGGGAGCGUGUUUUAUUUAGAGCUUUAUUAAAAUCUUUCAAUAGACGACAAUAAACAAACUCCCUAUGACCAUCCUCAUUUUUAUUAAAUACUCACCAUUAUAAGCCCCUUUCACACAGCCUAUAAAAACUUGCUCUGUAAAUAUGGAGAUAAAAGCAGACCAAACAACUUACCACCUUUCCUUGUGGUAUCAGAAGUGGAAUAGUACCUGUGUGAAGGGAGUAUUCCCUAACGUUGAGGUCAGGGUGAUAAGGUUGACACCUCCCCUGUUGUGUUGAACGCAAUCGUCGCUGUCCAACACGUAUUUUCUCACACAGCACACGCAUGUUAUUAUCUAAUUUGCUGUGUGAAAGCACACAUAUCUUCAAUGAAAGGUCCUGCUUUGAAGAGUUCUGUGUCAAAAGCAUUGGCAAACAAUUGUGCGGGAUCUCUGUUUUAUUACAAGAAAUGCAAGUUCAUCGAACUUCUACAGAAUACUUUAAUCGCUUUUCCCUUACAAGAGCGUGAAAAGAGGAAGCCGCUCAAGCAUGGUUAGUUUUAGAUGUAUUUAUUACCUCCUCCCCUGAUAUUUAAUAGUUUUUGAUUAUUAUUUAUUUGAAAUAACUUAAUUCUACAAGGUGUGUAUAUGUAUGCAGAUGUGUGUGUAUAUAAUGUGUGUUUAUACACACAUUAUAUACACACACACUCUAUGUACACAUUUACAUUGAGCUGCAACGAUUGGUCGAUUAAUUUGAUUUAAAAAAGCUUUGAUUUAUAUUCUGCUGCCUCGUAUCAAAAUUGAUUAAAUCCAGACCGCAUGGAGUGCCUGGAACUUUAAAUACGCAUACAUAGUUUUUGCACGGCCACUGUAAUAGAGCACACAUAAGAGUGUGUGUGCUGUGAUCAGAGAGAUUUGUAAGAUUAUUUUUUUUCUCAUUAAUGCACACAUGGUAAAAGUAGAAUUUCAAUGUCGAUGAUGUGCAUUCAUUAGGGAACAAUAAUGAAGGUUAAUGCAAGCAUAAAAUGUGUUUAUUUCAAAUAUUUACCCUAAAAUAUACUUUGAAGCUAUAAAGUGUGUUUUAUCCGAUUACUCAAAUUGAACAAACUAGUCGGUAGAUUACGCGAUGAUUGAAAUAAUGGAUAGCUGCAGCCCUACAUACACUGUACAUACAUACAGUACAUAUACAUUCAUACAUACAUGAGUAGCUUGCCAAAAGACAAUAAAAUAAUGUUAGAACUGUACAUCCAUCCAUCCAUUUUCUACCGCUUAUUCCCUUCGGGGUCGCGGGGGGCGCUGGAGCCUAUCUCAGCUACAGUGCUUCUUAAAUAUGGUUGGGAGGUAGUGUGAAAUGUGUGGGGGAGGGGGCUGUGUAAGGCUCACCAGGAAAUAUGAGCAAAUAUACAUAGCCUUUGGAUUUAGGGAAUGAGGAAAUAUAAUAUCCUUAAGUAUAAGCUCUUUAUUUGGAGCCACAAACUGGCUUGACACAUACAGAUCAAUAAAAUAAAUAUUACCCGGUUGAUGUGGACUGUGCACUAUAUAUUGCUUUAUGGCUUUUAUUUUAUUACUGUUUUGAAAUUAUAACCCAUUAAGAACAUGUAGACCUCUUUGUGUCUGUGGAAGGAAAAAAUGCUCAACAAUGCUACAAUUUCAGUAUUUUGCACUUACACAUAUAAAUAUGUAUUUACAUGUACAUAAUAUACAGCACAUUUGCAGCUCAGAAAGGGGGCGGAGUCUCAAAGGGACACUGCCCCUUAGCCACCACUACCACCUCUACAUGUUUGUACAUAUAUAUAUAAAUAUAAAAGCUAUAUCAUCUUUUUCUAUCAUCAACCAGGUGAGGUUGCAUCACAUUAUUUUUGCGGUCGCAGCUUGUGCGUUUUAUACCAGCUGCACUGCUGGUGUUCUCCUGCUAUUAUGAGCAGUGCCUUAGUGUUAACGACUCAUGUAGGAUUUAUUUACAGCGGCUAUUGCACCAUACUGUCCCUGUGUGGGUGUGUGUGUGUAACAUCAUGUACAACAUGAUGAACGGCAAAUAGGCUGACAACAUGCAUUUUAUUGAUGCUGUCUGACUUUGCACUGACUUGUAUCAUCAUCAUCCUCAUCAUCAAUGUAUGACUUCAUGCCCACCACACACGCACACACAGUGGCUGGGACAAGGUGCUAUGUUUUUAUGCUAAAAUACUACAAUAGGUUUUACAGCCAUUUAAAUAUUAAACACUAGCAGACAAAUGCAACUUGCUGGCACAAAAAACAUGUUUUGUGUGUCCCUCAGCUGAGAGGCAAAUGUGUACUUAAUAAUUUUUAUGUGUGUUUGUGUUAUGUGAUGUUUGUUUGAAAUAAAACAUAUUUUUGCGA